AUGACUGACUCGUCUCUUCAAAUUGCCGAUCCGAUCUCCUCCGAUGAAGUGGAAGACAACUGGUCGGGGCUGACCGACCGGGCUGAGCGUCGGCGGCGGCAAAAUCGCAUCAACCAAAGGGCAUACCGGAAACGUAAGCGGCUCCAAAACAAAGAUGUUCACCCUAAGAGUCUGGUCAAAUUGUCCAAGUCGACAUCACCCCAGUCGCAGGACUCCGCCACUUCAGAAAGCUCCAAGGUGAAAUCCUGCUGCACCCCCGGAGUACUGCAAGAUCUACUGGAACAAUUCGCCAAAUCAGCAAUUGAAAGCUACGCGCGCGGUGAUCCCGCCGCCGACCACCUGAUGACCCUGACCAAAGUCAACGUCUUCCGAGCAUUCGCACAGAAUCUAGAAUUGAUCGGUUGGUCACCGUACUGGAUGGACUAUGACGCUGUAUCUCCAUUCAAUCAAGCCUUGCCACAAAGAGAAUCUACGCCAGACGAUCAUAGCCACAUCCCACUAACCCUCCGCCCCACUCGAAUCCAAAAAUCGGUGCCUCAUCACCCCUGGCUGGAUUUCUUCCCUCUACCCAAGAUGCGUGACAAUUUGAUCGAAGCGGGCGAUGAAUGGGAUGAUGAGCAGCUUUGUCAUGACAUUAUGGGAUUUUGGGGCGAGUCGACGAUGGAUUCUGGACUGUUGGUAUGGGGGGAGCCUUGGGAUAUUCGAAACUGGGAGGUGACGGAGCCAUUUUUGAAGAAGUGGCAAUGGAUUGUUCGCGGGUGUCCUGAACUGAUGAACGCGACAAAUACUUGGCGUGCGCGUCGAGGCGAGAAGUUAAUAUUCCGCUAUAUAUGA